GUGUGGACCACACUGUCAACAACCAAAUAUUGGGGCUACCGAGUGCCGGCAAAACCAACGUAGUACUCCCUAAGGACUUACAAAUAUUUAUUGUAAAUUAAAAGUUUAUGUUAAGGCAUAUUUCAUUCAGAGUAGGUUUAUUCCGGAGAGCAGUCUUGACCGUCACCAAUGGCAACUGCAGUGCCCAAGCUCUCCAGUGGUAGCGUGGUCAAAAUUCGCAUCACCAGUUUAGACCUGGGUACCACUCGAUGGAGAGAGGGGACCUUUGAGGUUCUUGAAAAGGAGAGUAAAGUCAACCUGUGUCUGAAGUUCAAUGCUGGCGGAGCACCCAAAAACUUUCAGCUCAAUCAUAAUGUGAAGAACGUUGUGAUGCAGCCCAUGCAUGCAAUGAGACGGAUUGUGGUGACUCUUAAGGAUAACAGUGUGGUCAGCCUGGAAAAAAUACCCCUUCCUGUGGCUGACAAAAUGAAAGAAUACCUUGAGAAGCUGAAGCAAGGAAAACCAACAGUUCUAAAGUCCUCCCAGGGAAGUGCCAGCUUUGGGGUGCUCGGCAAUCGAUCUGUAAAGAACGAGACUAGCCCUCCUGGAGAACGGCAGGCUACACAAAGACGCCCCAGUGUGGACAACAGGGAGGAGACUACGCCCCGCAAGCCUCUGGGCAGCCCCAGCAAGGGGGCCUCCACACCUGUCCGCAGUGGGCUGUCUGAGAACAGGAGUGAGAAGAGGAAGAGGCUCCUCACCCCUGACAGUGACCUGACUGAAGACUACCCCAAAGAGAACGACUCAUCCAGCAACAACAAGGCCGUGUCAGACACUUCCAGGAAGUUUUUGCUGAGCUGUAAAGACAAGCUUAAACAGGUGGAGGAGAACCGUAGCUCAGCGCAACUCGUCUCUGCGCCACUUCAGCCCACGUCGUUUUACGGCAGCCGCUCUGUGACCAAAGACUAUUCCACAAGUCACUCCUUCCUCGACCGUUCAUCUAGUGCCUCCCAGACCCCCUCGGCUAAGAGAAGUCUCACGUUACCCAACCACUCAACUCCUUUCAAGAAAGUGCGCCCCACGCUGGACUAUGGUGGCUGGAACAAGCCAAGACCAUCGACUCUGGCCCAGCCACAGCCCCCACUGCAAGGAUUCUCCAACCUGGGCAACACGUGUUACAUGAACGCCAUCCUCCAAUCUCUCUUCAGCCUGCCUUCAUUCUCCAAUGAUCUGCUGAAGCAGGGAAUCCCGUGGAAGAAGGUCCCUGCCAACGCCCUGCUCAGGCGCUUUGCCCACUUGCUGGCCAAGAAAGACACCUCGUGCCCCGAGGUAAAGAAAGACCUGCUAAGAAGAGUGAAGAGUGCCAUCUCCUCCACAGCCGAGCGCUUCUCUGGAUACAUGCAAAACGAUGCCCAUGAGUUCCUGAGCCAGUGCCUGGACCAGCUGAAGGAGGACGUGGAGAAGAUGAACAAAACCUGGAAGAGUGAGUCACCGGCGGCAGCGUGGGACGAACCCCCCCAGCAGGCGACGGCAGCCAGGCCUGGGGAGGAAGCGGACACCUCGCGUGUCUACACCUGUCCAGUGGUGGUUAACAUGGAGUUUGAGGUGCAGCACACAAUCACCUGCAAAGGCUGUGGUGAAGUGGUGACAAAGCGGGAGCAGUUCAACGACCUGUCCAUUGACCUGCCUCGCCGGAAGAAGACCCUCCCUCUCCGGUCCAUUCAGGACUCCCUGGACCUCUUCUUCAGGAUGGAGGAAAUUGAGUAUUCGUGCGAGAAGUGUAGCGGGAAAGCGGCAACGGUUACUCAUAAAUUCAGCCGUCUCCCCAGAGUUCUAAUCCUGCAUCUGAAGCGCUACAGCUUCAACGCCCAGCUGUCUCUGAACAGUAAGCUGGGCCAGCAAGUGAUGAUCCCUCGUUACCUCACAUUGUUGUCCCACUGCACGGACGCCACGCGGCCCCCCCUCACCCUGGGCUGGAGCGCCCACGCUGCCAUGUCACGGACACUGAAAGCCUCCCAGUUGGUGAACUCCUCCUCACUGGUUCGAAAAGUUUCUCUGAAGACUGGGGGCGGGACCAGCAGUAACGUGGUGGACUCUGACAGCGAAGAGGAGCUCACCCGGAAGGCAAUGAGCCGCAAGCGUCGCCUCAGCGAGUGUUUGGUUGAUGAUGACCGAGCAGAUGAGGUUCAUCGAGGCGUCCACACGGAUGCGCCUGACUUCAAUGCCAUCAACGACGAGGACAUGUUGGCAGCGGUGCUCGAGAUGAGCCGCCAGGACGCGGGCCUAUCCUGCCCUGCCCCUGAUGACGAGCCCACCAGCAGCCCAGACACGGGCUUCGGAGACGUGGACCCCGACGCCCAGGAGCUGAACUAUCACCCUGACCUGCUGGAAACGGACACUAAGCCAUCUACCGACGUGCUGGACUCCCUGGACCUGACCAUGGACGAGAACAAGGAGAACCAGACUCCCGAGGGGGUGCAAGGGGAGCUGGACUGGAUGCAGCAGUACAACCUGGAUCAGGAGCGGGAGGAGCAGGAGCUGCAACAAGCCCUGGCCCAGAGCUUGCAGGAGCAUGAAGCCCAAGAGAUGAGAGAAGAUGAUGACCUCAAGAGAGCCACGGAACUCAGUCUCCAAGAGUUCAACAACUCAUUGCCGGAGCUGCAUUGUUCAGACGAGGACUCUGGAAAUGAGGAGGUGUUGGAUAUGGAGUAUAGCGAAGCAGAGGCUGAGGACCUGAAGAAGAACGCAGAGAGCGGCGAUCUGGCCAAUUCUUUCCGACUGAUCAGUGUAGUCAGUCACAUUGGGAGCAGCUCCUCUUCUGGCCAUUAUAUCAGCGACGUCUAUGACAUGAAGAAGCAGUCAUGGCUGACCUACAAUGACCUGGACGUGUCACGCACACAGGAGGCCACAGUGCAGAUGGACCGUGACCGUAGUGGAUACAUCUUCUUUUACAUGCACAAAGAUGUAUUUGAGGAGCUGUCUGAGCUGGAGAGGACUGGUUCCAGUGGAGGAACCUCUGAAGCAGGGAGGACUGUCCUGCAGCCCCUCUGAGCCACCAAGCUGUCUCGCACACCGCCAUCCAACACUCAAGACAGCAUAAUGCUGGAACCCACCAUGAUAUGGGUUGGUUCAGGGUGGAAGAGUUCCCUUCUACAGUACUACUGAGCGCCGUCCACAUUUUGCCCUCUUCAGGCACUUUGUCCCUCCAUUAAAACGAAACACAGCUGGCCACAGUAGCUUCUAUCACAGAGGCAAGCUCAGACGGAAGCAAACACACAGCCGACAUUCUCUUCUCCAGGUUUGUUGAGAAGUAAGACGCAUCGCACUCAAAAUAAACAAGUUGACUAUGUUCUUUGUUUAUUCUGCCCUGAGAGAUUCAAACUUUUCAGGCUCCAAUCUUUUCUAUGAUUUGUUGAAUAAUGUGUUGUAAAUAGUUUUUCUCUGCAUAUAUUAACUGUCAUGCAUUUAAGAACUUGGAUAGCAAGUGUCAGAUGCUAGAUGCUGGUGCUCCUCUGAUUGUAUGGUUUUCAGACUUUUAAUUUCCAAUAUAAAUCUACAGUAUAGAAAAUAAAGAAUCUAUUCUUCUAUGUGUUGGACUUAAAUAUAAUUUGGGGUAAGGAGGGUGUACCUUUUUGUCCUAUAUGCAGCGAAAUGUGGUGCAAUAUUUAUUUUGUGGCAUGGAUUUGCCAAUUCUACUUAUAUUUGUAUCCAAUUUAUUCUAUAGAGUUGGGUGGAAGAGGAUGUUUUUCCAAUUUCUUUAUGAACUGUGUGUGUUGCUGUUUUCUUCAUGUUUUAUCAAUUGUAACAAGCUAAACAUUAAUAAAAUAGCUUGUCUUUUAUAAGCUUACACUUCUAGGAGUUCCCUAGUGCCUCCCAGUAAAGAACCAGUAGUUUAUUUCUUUUUCUGAAGAGCUUUACUUUGAAAGAUGCACAACCACUUUGUUUAGAACUCUGGAGAAAAAAAAUGCAGAAAUCUGUAUGUGUAAACUAUUUCAAAUAGGCUUCGCUUUUAACAAGGCCAUAACAAAACUUUAUUUUAGCAAAGGUUUCCUGUUUAUAAUGGCCUUCUUUGAUCACACUUUUUCCUCCAUCUGAUUAGGCCAGUAUUCACAUCUUUUAGAUGUCCUUUUGCUAAGAUUAGGGUUUGGGUAACAAGCUAUUUUCUGGUCUCUUGCUUGCUUUGAGUGAAAAUGAACGGGUGCCACAUUGACGUGUCUGAUGUGGAAAGCAAAGUGGGGUAGCUGAGUGGACUGAGCUUAGUUAUUUGUUCGGGCUCCAGUAUGACUCUUCCUACAGCAAACUUUUUUUAAAUAAAAAAUUACUGUGAAAA